AUGCCAGGCGAAGUUAACUCAAGCCACCAGAAAAGCAGUGAAGGUGCAUCUGAGGAGAAUGUAGACCUCAUGUCGUGGGAGGAGUUUCGUUGCCGCUACAUCAUGGAACACAAUAUACGGCACCGGAUGUUGCACAGAGUAAAUAAUAUUGGACCGCAUGGUAUUCAAACACCGUCUGCUGGAGUAUCUAAUGAUAUGAAUCAACCACAUCCGAAUCCUGCUGCUCAGGUGCCCCAACCAGCAGUGGCAGUACAGCAACGCAUGUGGAACCUUGCUGAACGUGUCCGCGAUAUCAUUCCUGAGCUUUUCCGUGUAUUUUGGCGGGCACUUUUGGCAACAAUUUUGUUAUUUAGGUCGCUUCAGUUGAGUUAUUUUAUUGGUGUAUUGGUAGCGUUUGCCGGUUGGGUGCUUCUUAAGCGUAUCUUGGGAUCAGUGAGGGUAGAACGUGAGAGACCAAAUCAUCACCGAGGCGAAACACACACAACAGGAGGAACAAAUGGAACCACAACGGCACCAACGCCUCACCGGCACCAGCAAUUAUCACUAAUGCGCAAAACACUAUAUAUCCUGACACGUUGCAUCACCUCAUUUUUUUUAAGUUUGUCUCCAACCUAUUCUGUGGAACAAUUGGAGGCAGAAUUGGCAGCUGAUGGCCUUAUUGAACCUCACUUGCAUCAGGACUAG